AUGAAUAAUUUAAUAUUAGUUGUCGUUACUUUCUGUAUAGCAUCAGUAGGAUUAAUCAAUGCUAAGGAAGAAGAACAGAAAUUGAGUUGGAAAGAUGACGAUGGUCUUGAGGUCAAAAUCAUAAAACCAGUAAAACCAGAAAGAUGCACAAUAAAGAGUCAAGAAGGCGAUGUUAUUGAUCAAUUCUACAAGUUAACGGAUAAAAAUGGCAAAGAAAUCGGCUCAAACUUUGGGAAAAAACCAUAUGUAUUCACGUUGGGAAAAGGCCAGGUCAUAAAGGGUAUGGACAGAGCAAUGAUGAACAUGUGCAUUGGUGAGAAACGAAAGGUCACAAUACCAGGGGCACUUGGUUUUGGCUCAACGGGUAGAGAGCGCGAUGCGAUUGAAGCAGACCAGACCUUAUAUUAUACAGUUCAACUGAUCGAUAUAUUCAGACCCGUACCUGGCUCUUCGUGGACCGAAGAUGAUGGUCUUCAUAUUGAGGUAACACACAAAGUCGAUGAAGAUAAAUGCCGUUUGUCUGAACCAGGUGACACAAUCCACCAACACUACACGUUGCACCUUGAAGAUGGCACUUUCGUCGAUUCGAGUUUCAGUCGUAAUACUCCUUACGUAUUCAAACUUGGUGCAGGACAGGUAAUAAAAGGCAUCGAACGUGCGAUGACUAAGAUGUGUGAAGGCGAACGAAGAAAAGUCGUGAUACCAUCUGAUCUCGGAUAUGGAGAUGAUGGACGUGAACCGAACAUACCUGGUAAAGCCACCCUUUACUUCGAUAUUGAACUUCACAAACUCAUCAAACGCGACGAACUUUGA